AUGUCCAACAACGUCAGGUACGAUACCUGGGACAAGGAGCGGCUCAUCUGCCGCGUGCGGCAGCUCGAGAUGGAGAUCCGCCACCGCGACGCCGCCGCCAAAAAAGCCGUGGCACUGACGCACUCGGCGCCCUCGACGCCCGGCGGCGACUCGUCCUCGGCGGCAGCAGCGCCGCCGCCUGCGAAGAAGCGCAAGAAGGGAGCCGCCAACAUUGACCCGUCGCGCUACUCGUACCGCUACGUCGCUCUUCGCCUCGCCUACCUCGGCAAGAACUACAACGGCUUUGAGCACCAGCAGUCGGCCGUGCAGGCGACGAUUGAGUCGGAGCUGUGGUCGGCCCUCACCAAGGCCUGCCUCAUCUUCCCGCCCGGCGAGGACAUUGACCAGAUUGACUUUAACUACAAGGAGCUCGACUACUCCAAGUGCGGACGCACGGAUAAGGGCGUCAGCGCCUUUGGCCAGGUCAUCGGCCUCCGUCUCCGCAGCAGCAAGCCCCUGCCCAAGACGGCGGCCCAGCUCGAAGAGGAGGCGCGCAAGAAGGCCGAGGCCCUCCAGGAGAAGCAGAAGCAGCAGCAGCACGACGGUCAAGGGGACGUCAGCAUGCAGGACGCCGCAGUCGAACAACAGCAGCAGCCGUCAUCACCUCCUCCCGCGCCCAAGCCCUGGGACCCCAUCAAGGACGAGCUCCCCUACUGCAAGACGCUCAACCGCCUGCUGCCGCCCGACAUCCGCAUCCUGGCCUGGUGCCCGUCGACGCCCGAGGGCUUCUCGGCGCGCUUCUCCUGCACGGAGCGCCAGUACCGCUACUACUUUACGCAGCCGGCCUUUGCGCCGGCGCCCGAGGGCCUCACGCCGCCCAAGGGCCCCUCGCAGCCGCGCAAGAAGAAGGACGCCGCGCCGCCGCCGCCGCCGCGACCCAAGGUCGGCUACCUCGACAUUGACGCCAUGCGGAACGCCGCCAAGAAGUUCGAGGGCCUGCACGACUUCCGCAACUUCUGCAAGCCCGAGACGGCGGCGGCGGCGGCAGCGCAUGGUGGUGGUCGAGGCGGUAGUGGCGGCGGCGUGACGCCCAAGGUGUACUACCUGCACGUGCGCGGGUCGGCGUUCCUGUGGCACCAGAUCCGGCACAUGGUCAGCGUGCUGUUCCUCGUGGGCCAGGGGCUCGAGCGGCCCGAGGUCGUGGACGAGCUGCUCGACGUCGAGCGGCACCCGCGCAAGCCCAACUACGGGCUCGCGCACGAGGUACCGCUCGUGCUGUGGGACUGCAUCUUCCCGACGGACCGCAGCGUGCCCGAGGGCCAGCAGGCGGACGGCAUGGCGUGGGAGUGGGAGGCGGGCGAGAACAAGUACGGCGCCGGCGGCCUCGUCGACGUCCUGUGGGCCGGGUGGCGCGAGAAGAAGAUGGACGAGCUGCUGGCCAACAGGCUGCUCGACCUCGUGUCGCUGCAGGGGUGCCCCGAGGCGAACCCGGCGCAGAACGUCAAGUGGAACGUGCUGCAGAAGGUCUACGCCGGCGGCAACGAGGGGCGGCUCGCCGGCGAGCACCUGCCCCUGAUGAAGAGGAAGGUCGUGCCGUCGCCGAUGGAGAUCAACGACCGCUGGGCGCAGCGCAUGGGCUACGGCUCGUCCGAGGAGCUGCUGAAGGAAGAGAACUGGCGCGUCUCCUUGGCCAAGGACAGGCGGGCGAGACGGGAGGGCGGAUCGGGGACGGCGACACCAGCGGCGCAAGAGCCGGAGGCAUGA